AUGUCACGGAAGCCAGCAGAUUCCUCCGAUUUCUCGGAUAUGUAUAAAGUUCCGAAGAAAUCGAAUACCAACUUGGCUCGGAGUAUCAGGAAACGGGAGUUCAGUUAUGUGGAUCGACAGAAAGCAAGCAAACCGACUCCGUUGAGCGAAGAUGAUUGGAAGUCACCGAGAAGUGAAGAUUCAUUUGAUUUACUGGAUCCUUCUAAUUCUUCAAAAGAGCCAACAACCAGCUCUCGUCCUCUUCCAAUUCCAACCAUUCGUCCUCCAGAAGUUGUUAUUCAAAUCGAUGAAGUCGACUCUCCGAUCCUUGGAUUAAUCGAUGAAUCAGACGAUCUUCAUCCAGAUGUAUUCGAUGAGAGCAGACGUGGAAGACUGGAACCUUCCUCAUCAAUCGAUGCAAACUCCCUUUCAGCAACGAGGUCUUCAAGUGUAAUCGAAGAUGACGUCAGAUCUCAAAUAUCAUUUGUAAUGAGAGAAAGAUUACAUUCAAUUGCAAAAGAAGUGCAUAGAAGGACAUCUGCAGUUCGAGAAGAUUUGAUCAGAGAGACUCCAGAAGACACUGUUUCCGUUGCAUCGAAUAUUCCGAAACAAAGUGAACAUCGUCCCAGUUUGAUGUCUUUGAUUGGGUUGCAGCUUUUGGAAUUCCGUCGGAUGGAUCGCAUCUUGAUUGAGAAGAUGGUGCCCUACUCUGCUUUUGUCCGUGAGGAAGCGGUGUCUUCGGACGAGAAAUUCUUCUAA